CCGUGUCCAUGGAGAGAGGCUGAGGUGGCCGAGCUUUGGCCCGAGGCACGGGGGCGCCGGGACGGCCAGGAUGUCGGCUUCGUUAGUCCGAGCCACCGUCCGGGCCGUGAGCAAGAGGAAGCUGCAGCCCACCCGGGCCGCCCUCACCUUGACACCUUCAGCAGUAAACAAGAUAAAACAACUUCUUAAAGAUAAGCCUGAACACGUAGGUUUGAAAGUUGGUGUCCGAACUAGAGGUUGUAAUGGCCUUUCAUAUACUCUAGAAUAUACGAAGACAAAAGGAGAUUCUGAUGAAGAAGUUGUUCAAGAUGGAGUCAGAGUGUUCAUCGAAAAGAAGGCACAGCUAACACUUUUAGGAACAGAAAUGGACUAUGUUGAAGACAAAUUAUCCAGUGAGUUUGUUUUCAAUAACCCAAACAUCAAAGGAACAUGUGGCUGUGGAGAAAGCUUUAAUAUUUGACUCCUUGGGACUGCUCUGACUGUAAGCCCAAGAGAGCUCGUGGAAGUUCUGGGGCUCACUGAAGAAAUCGUGUGACUGUCACGUGCUUAAGGUCUGUAAUGUAUGGCUGCCUUUUGAGGACAAUAAAGUGAUGCAUUUUGAAAAUGAAGCCAGUGUGUUAGAUUCCAGAAGAAACGAUAUUUGUAUUCUUUUUAAUGGCCAGAAUGAGAAGCCAUCACUCUCUUUGGGUCAUUUUUCUUAUCUGUAAAAAAAAAAAAAAUCCUACCCUACACGUAAUUCUGUUGCAUCCUUUCUGUUAGAACCAGUUUCAUGCAAGUCGCCUUCCUGGGAGGAUUUCAGGAAACGUAUUCUUAUGCUCCAUAGAUCUCUGUUGAAUGGCUUGAAUGUGCAUCUCCCAGCCAGAUUGAUGGCUCUUAAAAUUCAGAGGCAGAAAGUCCUGACUGCUGCUGUGAUGUGGUACAUUGGUUUUCUAUCCAAACUUGGCGCAGCCUUUCUACAUUUUUAUCCAAAAUUUUGCUGUCAGGUGCCUCAUUUGCUUACCCUUUAGCAGCACCAGCCAUUAGAUGAACGUAUCAGAAGAUGUCCUUGAACUGCAGUACAGAAUAGUUCUGGGUGAUGGCAUUGAAAGAUAAGAAGUACUUCACCCGCCGUUUCUAACCUGUUUCUCUUGCCAUGCUGUUUGCUCAAAGGUGGGCUCUCGAGCUGACUAAGAGCCUUUUAUUCGAAAGGCCUCUUAAGCGCUGUUUGGCCCAACCCCUCAAUUCUGUACCUGGGAAGGCAAAACCUCAGGAAAGCUGAAGGGCUUUGUCGGCCCUCACACUGCAGGCUGGAUGGGGGCAGGGUGGGGCCCACUCACAUCUCCCCUUCUGUGUAGGCAACACCGCUGCUCUGCACCAUAGGCGGUCAGGGAAGGUAAGUGGAUGGUCUGGCUUCUUUAUCUGCUCAACAUUUUGAUCAGAUUUCUUUGUAAUUUGAUGAAGAUCAUAUUUAGUUUUAUUUUAUUUUGAGUGAGAAGAAUGUUAUUGUAAAAUCCAUUUAUGUGAAUUACCAUCUUGUUUCUUUAGAACGAUGAAAGAGUGGUUUAUAGUAGCAGGGGAGACGUUGGAGCAACCCAGAAAUACCCUUUCAGAAUGUAGUAGUAAUCAUGAAGCUGAACUUGGGGGGCUUUUCUUAAAAUUCCCAGUAUGUGUGCACUUUCUGGAUCCUAAAUCCAAUUACUGAAAUUUUUAAACCUAACAUUUUUAUCACCAACCUUUCUUUAACAGAGUUCCUUUUGUCUUUCAGUUACUGGUUUUCCUGGUUUAGACAUAUUAAGUGUUCUGUGAGAUGACAUAUAUGCUUUUUUUGAAAGCUGAGUCUCAUGAAGUAAAGUAGCUGGUUCCUUUAUGUUGGUCCUAUCUCUUAAAGUACCUGGCAUAAGAUACACCGAAACCUAGAGCAGUAGCUCUGUGUAAUGCUCAAGAGUUUGUAUCAUUAAUAGAAUUGUCAGUCCACUUACAAUCUGUACAAUACUGGAUUGUAUGUAGAGAUCGGGUUGUCAAUAAAAGAAAGUGGCCUCUUUCUGAUUAUAAAAUUGCGUUUUUUUUUUAAGGAAGAACGGUUUGGUAAUAGCUGUCAUAGCUACUAUUAAUAGUAAUAAAUAAUUGCUAAUAAAUAAUUGCCAUAUUGUU